UGUAAUCCAAACCCAGUGUUUUAACCAGGAAGACAGAACCACCCGUAGGAGAUCGACCGCCCACUGCAGGAAUAUGAGCCACACCAGAGACUAAAGUUAUGAAUGAAGUUAUAAUAUGGCUGAUAAAGGUCCGUUUUUAACUUCGUGUAUUAUUUUUUAUCUAUCGAUCGGUGCCGCAAUAUUCCAGAUUCUUGAAGAGCCCAACUGGAAAUCAGCAAAAGACAAGUAUCUUCUACAAAAGAGGAUUAUUCUGGAUAAAUACAGCUGUUUGACCAAAGAGGGUCUGGAUGAGAUUCUGGAGAUAGUGUCGGAUGCUGCAGGCCAAGGUGUGACCAUCACUGGGGACAAACACCGAAACACGUGGGACUGGGGCAACUCUGUCAUCUUUGCAGCCAGUAUUGUCACUACAAUAGGUUACGGUAAUGUGGCUCCGAAGACUGAAGGCGGCCGUGUGUUCUGCAUUUUGUACGGCCUGUGCGGUAUCCCCCUGUGCCUGGUGUGGAUCAGUGAGCUGGGUUCAUUCUUUGGGGAUCGUGCCAAACGUCUGUCCCAGGUUCUGAUCCAUAAAGGUGUUUCAGUGAAAAAGGUCCAGUUUACAUGCACGGCCUUAUUUCUGUUAUGGGGGCUCAUCGUGCACCUGGUGAUCCCUCCUUUUGUUUUCAUGUCUCUGGAAGGAUGGACCUACCUGGAAGGAAUCUACUUUUCUUUCAUCACACUCACAACGGUUGGUUUUGGAGAUUAUGUGGCAGGUGUGAAUCCAAACAUCGAGUACCCCAGACUGUACCGGGUUUUUGCAGAGAUAUGGAUCUACAUGGGCCUGGCUUGGCUUUCUCUGUUCUUCAGCUGGAAUGUCCAUAUGGUCGUAGAGGCUCACAAGGUGCUCAGGAAAAGGAGAAACAGGUACAGACUCCACCGUGAAGAAGAACCCCAGCACAAAGAGGAGAAGCAAACCCCAGAAAUAAAGCAAGGCGUCAUCGACAUCUUCAACUUCCUGUCUGAGAGGGACGACGACUACAGUACCAUCAUCAAGGAGAUCGGGCAGUCGGCGAAGGAGAGAAGGCCUUCGAAUAGCAUCAACCGUUCAAAGAGCUGCAGCGACAUUUUGGAUAUUCCCAUUUUGGAUCACUCACCGCGGCACAGACGCUUGAUCAGUGUCAGUGAAGUGUUCAUGAAUGCAAAGAUUGAUGCAAACAAAAAGAAACAGGAGAAGAGAUGUCCUCUAAUCCCAGAAAGCAAAGGAGACCCUGAACCUGAGGACUGUGUGGGGUCUGACAGUGAGGUGAACAAAGACAGAUGUGCAUUUGAUCCAGAGAAAGAUGGAAUAUUCUUUACCGUUCCCACCAAAGAUACAACAGCAGCAGAGCAAGGUGUACAACAUCCUGAAGGUGGAGCAACCAGAUUCACAAUAUCCAAAGUAACUGAGACUGAUUUAAUCGAUAUCGAUGGAAAAGGGUGACAGAGUUCUAUGAACACAUCCU